AAAAUGAGGAAGCUUUGAGACAGUUGAAUAAUAAUGCUUUUAUUCAAUUGUUGACUGAAAGUGAAAAAAGAUCGCUAAACGACUUGGAGCACCUUUUAAACCAGUUAGACACGGCCCAAUUAAGGAUUGUUCAAGAUAUCAUGUUAUUUAGGAACUUUAAAUAA